AUGGAAGCCGAAUUGCGGGACUGUGGGGCCAAAUCACAGUCAAGCCACCUUGGGAACAGAUGUGUUAGACUCAGCGUUCAGCUCUGUGGCCCCCGCGCGGUGGCUGACUUCUCUCGGCAGGAAUGUCCGCGUUCCACGAAUGUCCCUCGCCUCUGCGCCGCCACAAUCCCCAGCCUCGCGGCAUUCGGAAGCCCUCCCUCAAGCCGAGCCAUGGCGUGGGCGCUGGUCCUGGCGCUCUGCAACCGGGCGCUGGCCCCCGCGGGCGCGCUGGACGCCAUGGGCCCUCACGCGGCCGUCCGCCUGUCGGAGCUGCUGACCCCGGAGGAGUGCAGCCACUUCCGAUCGCUCCUCGAGGCGCCCGAGCCCGACGUGGACGCCGAGUUCGCCCGGCUAUCUGAGGACUGGCUGGCCCGGCCCAAGCCGCCCACAGCCUCUCCUGGAGCGCAGGACACCGUGGGGCAACGGCGGCGGGCGGCAGCCGGGCAGCCGUCGGAGGGACCGGAGGGCGCGCCAGCCGGGUCCGGCGAGUCCGCGGUGUCCGUGCCCUCCUGGGACGAUCUCGAGCUGAUCGUGGAGCGCCUGCCGCAGCCCCCGUACACGCGGAGCCCAGCAGCCUGGGUCGGGCCGCUGGCGCUCGGCCUCCUUGCCGGCUUCGUGGGCGCACUGGGCACCGGGGCGAUGAUCACUGUGCUCACGCUGUGGAUCACCGGCGGCGACGGCGACCCCGCGCGGCCUUGCGCCCCCGGCCCGCCCAGGCCGGUCCCCGCGCCCUGCGGCUGGGAAGCAGAGCCGCUCCUGCCCCCGGCCUGGACGCCGCAGGGACCCUCCCCCUACGGCCUGCCACUGUGAAUCCCCCCCAGCAGCGCCCCCACAGCAGCCGCCCCACUAUAAAUUUUCCAAAGGCCGUGGAGGGCGCAGUCUGUCGCCGAGUGGAUGGAAACGGGCGUCGUGAGCCUCGGGAGCCGGCCAGGGGUCCCCAGCGCUACCCAGCGUCCGCCCGCCGAGCCACGCUUUUGGACACACUCUUGUAUCCAUUCCGUGCCAGGAAGCUGCUCACCACUCCGUAAGGGGCGCGGUGGGGACUCUUGAACCCAGAGCCGACUGGCCAGUCUGCGCCCCAGAGGCCGGUGCGGGUGCAGUAAGGAGCUGGGGCCCCGCUGGGGUGUGCCUCGCCACUCCUCUGGAAGGCCCAGCGGGAACCUGGCACCUCCCCCGCCCACCUCCGAGGGAUGAGCCAAGCCCUGGGGAACCCGCAGCCGGCAUCCUAUGGCCAGGGGCUUGGGGCGAAAGCCGCGACAGAAUGACAAGCCAGUCCAAGAGGAGAGUUGAAAACAAGAUUGACGUAACCCUUUAUUGCAAAUUCUAAAGUAAAAAGAUGUACAGUACAAAGUAAAAUUGAAAAUUCAGACUAUAAACUUCCAAUCCGCUUAUA